GUUCUCCCCAACUUUCAGAGCUGAGGUUUUAAGAGAGCACACACAAAGGGAGGACGGCAACCAGAGGGGCACCCAGCAGGGACGGAAAGUCUGAGUCCAGACGGUGAAGGGCGCCAGUCUUCUCUUUGAGCUGCAGCUAUGGGGUGUCUUCUUAUAUCAGUCACCGUUCUUCAUUUGAUCGGCCUGGCCAUGGUGCUCAUCGCCACACUGGAGAAGUCCUGGUGGAUUUGGGAUGACUCCGAAAUCUCCGACCUCUGGUACAACUGUUUCCACGACAACUCCACAGAUACAUGGAUGUGCGCCACCACCAGUGAAAGCGACUGGCUGCAGUCCGUCCAGGCCCUGAUGAUCCUCUCGGUGGUCUUCUCCUCCGUCUCCUUCCUGGCCUUCCUCUGUCAGCUCUUCACCAUUGCUAAAGGAGGUCUUUUCUACUUCACAGGUCUCUGCCAGGCGUUUGCAGGCUUGACGGACUUCGCCGCGUGUCUCAUCUUCACCUUCCACAGGAAAGAGAUCUUAAGUGACUCCAGGGAUUUGAACAAGGGUCGCUUCGGUUACUGCUUCAUCCUGGCCUGGUUGUGUGUCCCACUGCUUCUUGUCAGUGCAGUUCUAUACCUCCACCUGCGCAAGAAGCAGUAACCCAUCUGCUCAUGAAGAAAGGGAACAAAGAGGAACAACAAAUGACCUCUGAAUGAUCUCAUCUCAAGUUUGCCACUGUACACUUUAGCUACUCUUUCACCUUAAGCCUCUCUUCUCCUCUACUGAAGCACCUUAACACGUCACCUUUUUCCUCACAUUAUGAUGCUUCUGAGACACUUUAAUGUAAACUAAAAGCAACAAAUAAUCUGUAUGUGGGUUCUAUUAAUGCUUUUUACAUGUAUAAAU